AUGGUUUUCGGUGUUAUCGCUGGUCUUGGCCUCAUAACCACAAUUGUAUUAGCAGUUUUGUACGGCAUUGAACGUAAUAAGAGCAAUGAUCAACAAAUAAUAGCGUCAAAUUCAUCGUGUACAUUACGUGAAUAUCCCACACAUAUUAUUCCUGACUAUCCAUCCCAAUUCUGGCGUGAACUGUUAGUAACCAAUGGAUCAAAUCCGUUCUCUCAAGUGUCGAAUUACAACGUUUACAGAAAUGUGAAAGACUUCGGUGCAAAAGGAGAUGGUAUAACUGAUGAUACUGUAGCCAUACAAAACGCAAUCUCAAGCAAUAAUCGAUGUUCAUCGUCUUUAGCAUGCGAAGGAUCUACGUCAGAACCUGGUCUCGUUUAUUUUCCUUACGGUACGUAUUUAAUUAGUACAAGUCUCAAAAUCGACUACUAUACACAAUUAGUUGGCAGUCCAUACCGAAAUCGAUUGCCAACAAUCAAAUGUUCAGAAAGUUUCAAUGCAGACUACGUACUUGACGGUAAUCCAUAUAAGGCUACUGGAGAACUUACUUGGGGUUCUACGAAUAAUUUCUUCCGAGAGAUUAGAAAUUUGCGAGUGGACAUGACAAGAAUUCAUCCGAAUCGUAGUGUUAGUGGUGUUCAUUGGCCAGUAGGACAGGCAACGGCUUUACAGAAUCUUGUCAUCGAAAUGUCAAGAGAAGAAAGGACACAACAUCGAGGAUUGUGGAUUGAGAGUGGAAGUGGUGGUUUUAUGAGUGAUCUGACAUUCUAUGGUGGACAAAUCUGUGCUUUCUUAGGCAAUCAACAGUUUACUUCGAGAAAUAUGGCAUUUUUUGAGUGUCAAACUGCCAUCCGUCAAAUAUGGAAUUGGAAUUGGUUGUAUAAAUCCAUUUCAAUUAAUAAUUGUGGCAUAGGUAUUGAUAUGUCUGUGCAACCAGGACAGAGUGAGACGGUUGGUGGACUCACAAUCUUGGAUUCUCAUUUUUACAAUACUAGAAUAGGAAUUAUCACUUCUGCUAACGCACAAUCUAUGCCUCCAAGUGCCGGGCAAAUACUGUUGGAUAAUGUUCAUUUUGACAAGACUCCAGUUGCAGUUCAAAGCCUAGUCGGUGAAGUUAUUUUACAGGGUAACCAACGAAUCAAUUCAUGGGGACAAGGUCAUGUUUACACGCCUUCUUCUAGGAACUAUACGUUCAUUAGGGGCCUGCUUCCUCCACCAAAUAAAUCUGCUUUAUUAAUGGAAGGAUCAAAAUUUCUGGAAUACUCAAGACCUGAGUAUUUAGAAUAUUCAGUUAACCAAUUUGUGACAGUGAAAAGUCUAGGUGCUAAAGGCGAUGGAAUGACGGACGAUACUGCGACUAUUCAAAGAAUUAUUGAUACUUAUGCGGCAAACAAGAUUAUAUUCUUUGAUGCUGGUGCUUAUAUACAUACAAAUACUGUNCUCGACACUGACCAACGACAUUCCAAUGUGCUCUCUUCAAUUCUGUUCACACCUUCUUCACAUUGCAAUCUCUUUAGGCAAUAA